AUGUCUGACGACAGCGCAUCUAUUAAAACAUGUUUACGAACGGUCACGUAUCUACUGGAAUACUGUGCGAAUGGUUCGACAAGUAACAAUGAAACAUGUAAACAUAUCGAUACCAUCGCACGUUUUGUCACCGCUGAUUGUUACAUGAAUCAAACAGUUUACCCGUACGUUGUUUUAUUUAUUCUUCUGCUUGGCACAAUCUUGAACUUACUUUCUCUGUAUUGCUUUCUGAAAACAAACAAACGCAAUUCACAGAAUGUUUAUUUCUCCGCAUUGUCAUUGGGCGAUACGAUUAAUUUACAUAUUAACUUCGGCUUACCAAUGUUGAGGAAAUUCGAUGCGUUCGAUACGGCAUUCCGUCAGUAUGUUAUCGUAUGCCGAUUAACUGGCAUUCUGACAGAGUUUUUCCUUAUUUUUCCAACGUGGAUUGUUGUUUUGCUGACAAUUGAGCGUUUAGUCACAAUUUCAUGGCCAACAAGAAACCGUCCUGCUUAUACUCAAACUCAAGCGAUUAUUUCGGUUAUGACCUUAUUUAUUUGCGUGUUUCUUCUAAGCUUAUAUCGUUUAUCCGAUUUGAAAGGAAUCGAUCAGUUGAGUGUUUUUUCCAUUGCAGCAUGCAGUGAUGGCAAUGAUUCAUUCGAAUGGCUAAGAAACGUCAAUUUAAUCAUAUGGACGAUUCUACCUGAAUGCUUAACAUUCCUCAUGAGCUUAAUUAUCAUUUAUCAGAUAAAAUCUGUAACGAGAAACAUGCAUUCGAACUCUUCGAAAGUCCAUCGAUCUCAAUACAAUCAAGCGACAAAAACUGUUCUUCUAAUUGCAAUUUUAUUUCUACUUUUUCACACACCGACCGGGAUUACGAUUGCUCUGGACUUGGUUUUGAAAUCGAAGGAAGAUGUGGCAACAUUGGUAAUCAUUCAUUUCUCAAGAAAAAUAACUAUGAUUCUCUACGAGAUCAAUUUAUCAUGUAAAUUUUUUAUCUAUAAUCGGACGUUUCGAAAUUUCACGGGAAUCUUAUCUACUACGGCAUUACAUUUUACACAUAAUCGAAAUUCUGCGAAGCUCGGUCGACCUGCCUUAGCACGUCCGCCAAGGAGUUCCACUCCUCCGAAAAUUCAGUUUAAUUCUCAACAUAAACAGUCGAUUACAUCUCCAGUUAGUCAAAGUGACUCUUAUGUGAAGCAUGGCGUGGGUGGAAGUGGAGGUGCUGGAGGGAUAGGUGAACACCAAUCUAUGUUAAUUAAUCGUCAUCCUCAAACGAUUUCAACUAAUCUAUCUCGAAACCUACGCGAUCAACAGCUAUUGAAUGUGAUGAUGUCGAAAGCGAAAACGAAUGAAGCAUGUGUAGCGUUAUUACGACGAACAGAUUUGUACAAAGGUUAA